AUGGUUAAUAAAAUACAUUUAACUGAAAGUGUUAUUCUCGGUAGCAUGGUUACCAUACAUCAGGGUGCAGAAGUUAAAUCAUGGACAACAAUAGGUAAUAUAACACGUAUUAUAUCUUUACAAAAUGGUACCAGCGAAGCUGAUAAUCAUCAAUUUUACUUAGGUGUACCAGCAGAAUCUGUGCCAUUAACAUCUUUAUCAAAUACAUCGCCAGAACACAUAUCAUCUGGGAUGAUCAAGAAGUGGAAAUAUUGGUUGAGUAUGUGGACAACAAAUACAGUUUUCCAACUGAAAUAUUUACUUGCACUAUUAGUUCUUUUAGUCUUAAUAUCCAUUAGUAUUCGAGGGUUUGCAUUACCAAUAUUAUGCAUUUAUGAUGAAAAAUGUCGUCAUUUGUGUAAAACUGGCAAUUAA